ACGUGACAAUGACGUUUGCUGUGCGUAAUGGUUACGGGGACCAAUGGUAGUGGGACAGAUAUUAUUUGUGCGGACGAUUGUUGAUUGUAAAUAAUAUGAGAGUAUUGUCAGAGGCGUAGAGUGUGCGAGGAUUUCUGUUGGGUCGAUCGAAUUUCAAGUGGGACAGAGAGAGAGGAGGACAGGACACGGUAGAAGGAUUUGGAGGCGAGCUGAAGCUGCUAGAGAAGAUGGAAACGCUGCCGGUAACGUUGAUAGUGAAAGCCCCGAAUCAGCAAAUCGAGGAUCAGACUGUUCGCUGUGAACUGUCAUGGACUAUACAGAAGCUGAAGCAACAUUUGUCGGAAGUAUAUCCCAGCAAACCACCGAGAAAUGAACAGAAGUUGAUUUAUUCUGGAAAAUUGCUGAACGAUUCAGUCGUGCUGAAGGAUAUCCUGCGACAAUUCGAUGGUCAGGACACUCACACCGUCCAUCUGGUCUGCACACCAAAAUUCACUCCACAGACUGAAUCCUCCCCACAGACCACCGCUGCUCCACCAAGAGAACAAUCAGCGGCUUCUGCUGCAGCCGUCGAUCCACCACCGCCCCAUUCCAAUGAACCCUUUAACAACCAAAGAUUCCCAGACUGGUAUAACCAUCAGUUCAAUAUGAUGGACGCACAGACUAUGCAGUUGGUCAUGCAGCAGGCCUACAUGCAAUAUAUGAACCAUUACAUUAGCAUUGCAAAUCAUAUGCAAAAUGUGAAUUAUGGUCAACCGAUUGCGGAAACCCUUCAGCAAGCUGCGCAGGCCAUCCCCGAUAUGCAAGAUCAACCGCAAGACCCGGCACAGCCUCCCGCGUACCAACCGCAAGCGCAGCAACCGCAGAUACCGAACAUCCCCGAAGCACAUAUUGGACGUGAUCCGGAUCGAGAGGGAAAUCGCGAUUGGCUGGACGUCUUCUACUUGCUGAGCCGAAUGAUGGUCUUCAUCAGCGUCGUGUAUUUCUACUCGAGCCCCGUGCGAUUCAUAUUCGUGGUAGUUUUAGGUUUAGCCCUUUACCUUUAUCAGAUAGGUUUCUUCAGGAACGUCAACAUCAACAACAAUAAUAUAGCGCAAGGCGAUGCAGCCGAAAUUCAGGCGCCCACACGACUCAUGGUACUGUGGACGUUCUUCACCACGUUCUUUGCUUCUCUCAUACCGGAAAUACCGAAUGUCAUCUAAGGCAGACGUUUCCGAUCUGCUCUGCACUGCGGAAAUUUCGAUGAUCAAAGUAAAUAGAGCAUACAACAUACAUAUAGUUUCAAAUUAGUGAAACACUUGCAACACGAUUCUGUAAAUAAAAUUCUUUAUUAUUAUUUUGUUAUUAAUAUAUUAAUAGAAAACAAAAGCAAAGAAUUAUAUAUAUAUACGUUAUUAUUCUACACAAAGAACGCUUAAUUUUGAAUAAUUUACAAUGCGCUGGUAAUAACAUAUCACGGUGUCCAAAUUAAGUUUUUCGCCCCUCGUUUCGUUGCUUAUGAAUUAAUAUCAUUUUCAAUAUCGACGAGACGAAAAUAUUGCAAUAACCGUGUAUAUUAUUAUAUUAAGCUAUGUUUAGUUGGGUACAUACAUAUUUGUGAUCGUAUGUUAUUGAUUUUGGAAACUUACAUUAAUUAGGCUGAGGGGAUGAAAACACUGUAAGGAUGAUAGGAAAUGGCAUUGACAGGGUAUAUAUAAUACAGAAUAUCCAAGAAAAAGGUCAAAUUGAAAACAUGUUUUGUUGUAGGAAAAUUCAACUUCGUAUUUAUUGGAAUACGACUUAGCUUACAUAUAAUUGUAAAUAUAUAUACGAUGCUAGGUUUUUAGAUAAAUAUGUGAUUUUAAUAAUAAGAUUAUACAAAAAAAAAAAAUAUGAAAAAUACAAAAAAAAACUUUUCCUUGAAA